AUGCCUUUCUAUGGCAUUUCCGGCCUCGUCUGCAGUGGGCUAUUCGUCAUCUGGGUGCUGCUCUGCGUGCGAUGGUGGACGCAGCUCUUCAACAUCCACCUCUGCAUUGCUGCGGUCUGCUUCCUGGCAGUAGCCGAGGCUGGCAUCUGGUACCUCUUCCUGAUAGACUGGAACAGCAGCGGCAUUCACAGCAACUUCCUUUUUGCCUCUGCCGUCGUCUUCUCCGUGACGAGGUCGACAUCCUCUUACAUGCUAGUGCUACUGGCCUGCCUGGGGUGGGGAGUGACGAAGCCUAUCCUAGACGGCUCCACCAUUUGCCGCAUCCUUUGCCUGUCUUUCAUCUACAUCGUGCUCAAUGUGAUCCGGGAGAUCGUGCUGGCCUACAGUCACUCCCAGGCCAUUCCCAUCCCAUUUGUCCUCCUAUGCCUCGUGCCUGUCUCCAUUCUGAAUGGCGGCAUUUUCUAUUGGAUCUUCGUGGCUCUCACGGGGCUCAUGGAGACGUUAGAGUCCCAAGGGCAGACUGAAAAGCUGCAGAUCUUCAAGAAGCUUUGGUGGAUUCUGCUGAUAGCCAUCGCCUUCGCCGUGGGCGUUCUCAUGGCGCAGGUGUUCGUGUUCUCCCGAGACUUCCCGGCGCGAUGGGAGGAGCAGUGGAUGUUUACAGACGGUGCUCCGCAGGUGGGCUACGUUUGCGUGCUGACUGCGAUUAUGUGCCUCUGGGCACCGAACGAAGACAGCAGCCUGGUGGCAAACCUCAGCAUGAUAAAUCUUGUAAGCCCUAAAUGCCGCAAAACUUUCAGAGCUCAAAUGGCUAUUGAUUGCUGCGUUUUUUGUCAGACCAGGUUUGGAAGGACUGGGGAGGGUUACUCGGGGCUUCGGAACCUCAGCCCUGCACAGAAAAUCAGGGACCGAAGGAAUCCGUUGCAAUCUGUGACUUGA